AUGUCCCAAGUUUACUUCGACGUUGAAGCUGACGGCCAACCAUUGGGCCGUAUCGUUUUCAAAUUGUAUAACGAUGUUGUCCCAAAGACUUCUGAAAACUUCAGAGCUCUUUGUACUGGUGAAAAGGGUUUCGGUUACGCCGGCUCUGGAUUCCACAGAGUGAUUCCAGAAUUCAUGCUACAAGGUGGUGAUUUCACCGCUGGUAACGGUACCGGUGGUAAGUCCAUCUACGGUGGUAAGUUCCCAGAUGAGAACUUUGCUAAGAAGCACACCAAGCCAGGUCUAUUGUCCAUGGCCAACGCUGGUCCAAACACCAACGGUUCUCAAUUUUUCAUCACCACCGUUCCAUGCCCAUGGUUGGACGGCAGACACGUCGUCUUCGGUGAGGUUGUUCAAGGUUUGGAUGUUGUCAAGAGAGUUGAAGGUUUGGGUUCUCCAUCCGGUGCUACCAGAGCUAGAAUCGUCGUCGCCAAAUCUGGUGAAUUGUAG